AUGGGGCGACUGUCCCAUGGCAUCAUCCCCUUCAUCACGUGGUGCUUCAUCACCUUCCAGGCGGCCGCCUGCCUGCGGAAGCAGCCCGGCAGCCACGCUGAGGAGCGCCUCUUCAAGCACCUCUUCACCGGUUACAACCGUUGGUCGCGGCCGGUGCCCAACACCUCUGACGUGGUCAUCGUGAAGUUCGGGCUCUCCAUCGCGCAGCUGAUUGACGUGGAUGAGAAGAACCAGAUGAUGACCACGAACGUCUGGCUGAAGCAGGAGUGGAGUGACUACAAGCUGCGCUGGGACCCGGCGGACUUUGACAACGUCACCUCCAUCCGGGUGCCCUCUGAGAUGAUCUGGAUCCCCGACAUCGUGCUCUACAACAAUGCUGACGGGGAGUUCGCCGUGACACACAUGACAAAGGCCCACCUCUUCUCCAACGGGAAGGUGAAGUGGGUGCCGCCCGCCAUCUACAAGAGCUCGUGCAGCAUUGAUGUCACCUUCUUCCCCUUCGACCAGCAGAACUGUAAGAUGAAGUUUGGCUCCUGGACCUAUGACAAGGCCAAGAUCGACCUGGAGAACAUGGAGCACCACGUGGACCUCAAGGAUUACUGGGAGAGUGGCGAGUGGGCCAUCAUAAAUGCCAUCGGCACCUAUAACUCCAAAAAGUAUGACUGCUGCACUGAGAUCUACCCUGACAUCACCUUCUGCUUCAUCAUCCGCCGCCUCCCCCUCUUCUACACCAUCAAUCUCAUCAUACCCUGCCUGCUUAUCUCCUGCCUGACCGUGCUGGUCUUCUACCUGCCCUCUGACUGCGGGGAGAAGAUCACCCUCUGCAUCUCCGUCCUGCUGUCCCUCACCGUCUUCCUACUGCUCAUCACGGAAAUCAUCCCGUCCACCUCGCUGGUCAUCCCUCUCAUCGGCGAGUACCUCCUCUUCACCAUGAUCUUCGUCACGCUCUCCAUCAUCAUCACCGUGUUCGUCCUCAACGUCCACCACCGCUCCCCCAGCACCCACACGAUGCCCCGCUGGGUGCGUAGCUUCUUCCUCGAUUUCAUCCCUCGCUGGCUCUUCAUGAAGCGACCCCCGGCACUGCCCCCUCCCGAGGGGACCGCGGGGCAGUACGACCUCCCAGGGACGAGGCUCAGCACCUCCCGGUGCUGGCUGGAGACCGAUGUGGAUGACAAGUGGGAGGAAGAGGAGGAUGAAGAAGAGGAGGAGGAGGAAGAGGAGGAGAAGACAUACCCCAGCCGCCUGUCCCAGGCGGGCUCCCACAGCCAGGGCGCCCAGUGCCGUUAUGGCUGCGGGCGCCAAGCUGGGAAGACGUCAGGCGGCUCAGCCCCCCGUGUGCCCCCCAAAGGGGAGGAGGAGGAGGUGGGCUCGGACCGGGGGCUGAUGCUGUCCCCCAGCAUCCUGAAGGCCCUGGAAGGGGUGCAGUACAUCGCGGACCACCUGCGAGCUGAGGAUGCUGACUUCUCGGUGAAGGAGGACUGGAAGUAUGUGGCCAUGGUGAUCGACCGCAUCUUCCUCUGGAUGUUCAUCAUCGUCUGCUUGCUGGGCACCGUGGGGCUCUUCCUCCCACCCUACCUGGCGGGGAUGAUCUAG